CCGAGGCCCCGACCCCGCCGGGGAAGGGGGCGGCGGGUCGUUGGGUGGCCGGGGGCUGGAGCUCGGCCUUUCAGGGUAGGGGUCCGCAGAGCGUCUUGCCAGCCUAUGGGAGGGGCCGUUGUGGUCGCGGCCUUGGGAGGAUGGAGAACCGGAGAACUCAGCUCCUUAGGGGGAGGGUCUUCCCAGAGUCGGCCUGCCCAGGAGGAGGGGCUCAGUGGUUCGGCCUGCCUGCUGGGGAGGGGUCUGCCCGAGGGGGCUGGGGCCAGAUCUCCCAGAGAAAUCAGAAUCUCUGCACGAGAGUGAACCUCCUCCCCCACGAUUCUCGUAGGACCCGUCCUCAGGCGCGCCCUGCUCUGACUAAAGGAGUCUCCGGGGAAGCCCCGAGACUGAGUCCCCUAAGCCGGCCUAAGCCGGUGGUCUGGGCCGAAUCCGGGUCCAGCCUCGCCGGUAGCGCCGCAUUGCGUCUCCCCGGCCGAGAUGAGCCGGGCGCGCCCCCUGUAGGCCGAGCGCAGGCACGGUGGGGGCUGCUGACUGGGGGACCCGGGCACCCGGGGGACCCAGGCGUCCAGGGACCCUAAGUGUUUACCUAAUCCGGGGCUGACGGCGGCUUGGCCCCAGGCCCGGCACCCCCCUGCCCGUCCUCUCGCCUUCACAGGCGGCACGGCCAUGGCCACGAUGGUGCUUCCUCGGGAGGAGAAGCUGAGCCAGGAUGAGAUCGUGCUGGGCACUAAGGCCGUCAUCCAAGGACUGGAGACCCUGCGCGGGGAGCACCGUGCCCUUCUUGCUCCCCUGGUCGCUCAUGAAGCUGGUGAGGCAGAGCCCGGCUCACAGGAGCGCUGUGUCCUUCUGCGCCGCUCCCUGGAGGCAAUUGAGCUGGGUCUGGGGGAGGCCCAGGUGAUCUUGGCACUGUCCAGCCACCUUGGGGCUGUAGAGUCGGAGAAGCAGAAGCUGCGGGCUCAGGUGCGGCGCCUGGUGCAGGAGAACCAGUGGCUGCGAGAGGAGCUGGCGGGGACACAGCAGAAGCUGCAGCGCAGCGAGCAGGCUGUGGCCCAGCUCGAGGAGGAGAAGCAGCACUUGCUGUUCAUGAGCCAGAUCCGCAAGCUGGAUGAGGACACCUCCCCCAGCGAGGAGAAGGGGGAUGUCCCCAAAGACUCUCUGGAUGACCUCUUCCCCAAUGAAGAGGAGCAGAACCCAGCUCCCAGCCCCGGAGGAGGAGAUGUAGCUGCCCAGCAUGGGGGCUAUGAAAUCCCGGCACGGCUCCGUACCCUGCACAACCUGGUGAUCCAGUACGCCUCCCAGGGCCGCUAUGAGGUGGCUGUGCCGCUCUGCAAGCAGGCUCUUGAGGACCUGGAGAAGACAUCAGGCCAUGACCACCCUGACGUGGCCACCAUGCUGAACAUCCUGGCGCUGGUCUAUCGGGACCAGAACAAAUACAAGGAGGCUGCCCACCUGCUCAAUGAUGCCCUGGCCAUCCGAGAGAAGACACUGGGCAAGGACCACCCAGCUGUGGCUGCGACACUAAACAACCUGGCGGUCCUGUAUGGCAAGCGGGGCAAGUACAAGGAGGCUGAGCCUCUGUGCAAGCGGGCCCUGGAGAUCCGGGAGAAGGUUCUGGGCAAGUUCCAUCCAGAUGUGGCCAAGCAGCUGAGCAACCUGGCCCUGCUGUGCCAGAACCAGGGCAAAGCUGAGGAAGUGGAAUAUUACUACCGGCGGGCACUGGAGAUCUACGCCACAUGCCUUGGGCCUGACGACCCCAAUGUGGCCAAGACCAAGAACAACCUGGCCUCCUGCUACCUGAAGCAGGGCAAGUACCAGGAUGCAGAGACCCUGUACAAGGAGAUUCUCACCCGUGCUCACGAGAAGGAGUUUGGCUCUGUCAAUGGGGACAACAAGCCCAUCUGGAUGCACGCAGAGGAACGGGAGGAGAGCAAGGAUAAGCGCCGGGACAGCACCCCCUAUGGGGAAUAUGGCAGCUGGUACAAGGCCUGUAAAGGUAGACAGACUCUCCUGCUCCCCGUCCACAGCCCCACGGUCAACACCACCCUGCGCAGUUUGGGGGCCCUGUACCGGCGCCAGGGCAAGCUAGAAGCUGCACACACACUGGAGGACUGUGCCAGCCGCAGCCGCAAGCAGGGCCUGGACCCUGCAAGCCAGACCAAGGUGGUGGAACUGCUGAAAGAUGGCAGUGGUGGGCGGGGAGACCGCCGCAGCAGCCGAGACACACCUGGCGGUGCUGGAGCUAGGUCUGAGUCUGACCUCGAGGAGGCAGGGCCUGCAGCCGAGUGGAGUGGGGACGGCAGUGGUGCCUUGCGGCGCAGCGGCUCCUUUGGGAAGCUCCGAGAUGCCCUGAGGCGCAGCAGUGAGAUGCUGGUGAAGAAGCUGCAGGGCAGUGGCCCCCAGGAGCCCCCCAACCCCAGGAUGAAGCGAGCCAGUUCCCUCAACUUCCUCAACAAGAGUGUGGAAGAGCCAGUCCAGCCUGGAGGUACAGGCCUCUCUGAUAGCCGCACCCUCAGCUCCAGCUCCAUGGACCUCUCUCGACGAAGCUCCCUCGUGGGCUAAUCCUGAAGGGCAGCCCGUCACCAGAGCCUCCACCGGGCACUGUCCCCACCCCAGCCCUGCGCAUGGGCCUGCUGCUUGCCCCUCUUGUGUCUCCCAAGGACCCCUGUCUUUUCUGUUCAAUCUCAGGGUAACCUCCUCCCUUGUCAUCUCAGCCUGAGCGCUGGAGGCUGGGCCUGCCCGCUCCAGUUCUACCCCUUAUUUAUUCCUUCCAGCAGGGCCCCUCUUCCAUAGGUUCAGGGCCAGCAGGAGGGGCUGGCCAGUGUCUCCCAGGUAGAGACUCAGUGGCCCGCCCUCCGCAGACCCGGGAGCCAAGAACACUAAGCACCUAAGGUCCCUUCAGCACUCCUGCCCUCCCCAGGCCGUUGCAUCUGUAUAUAGAGAAAUAAGUUAUUGGCCGCACCCCUCCCCUCAGUCCUCGGUACUAUCCGGGCCUCCCCUCACCCCGCCCUUCUCUAGUGGUACCGCCCAGGCCUUAAUCACCCCCAUUCCGCGCGGUGGUAUCUCCCAGGCUCCACAUUUCCCGGGGCGGCGCCUCCCCAAAGGGUUCCUCCCGGUCUCUGAGCGCCCUGCCCCGCCAUCGCCCUGUGCCCCAGGACGGAGAGCCUGCCCCUUGCCCGUCCUCUCACCUCCGGGCCCUGCCCCACAGCCCGGCCUUAUGCACUGCCCCUCCCACCAGGCACGGCCUGACCCCGCCCCGGGCACCGCCCUCAGAGCCGUCCUGCCACGUCUCUUCCCACGCCUGCAGCUACUUGCGAGGGGCAGUGAAGGCCCCCUGUAGCAGGAGGGGCUGCCCCAGUUAGGGGUGGGGGGCGAGGCGGCCGCUCUCUAUUUUCAGAUGUUGCUGUAGAAAUAAAGACGGUUUGACUCUGA